AUAAGUGUAACAAUCAUUAAAACUGCUAUAAAAUCCGAUAGAAACAAAUGAAUAUUUUUAAACAUUAAAUAAAGUUUUAAUUUAAUAAUAAAAGAAAAUCAAGGGGAAUAUUUUAAAGAAAUUUUGGAUCGAUGAAUUUUGAAUCUAAUCUUUUAGAUGAUAUUCCUCUUCGAGUUCUUCCAUUUGAAAAAUAUGAAAUGAAAAAAUUAAAAAGUGGUGAUUUUACUGAUAUUUGGGCGGCAUUGUCUUGUAAUACUCAAUGUGAUUUUGUUAUAAAAGUAUUUCGUAAACACGCGAUAACUGAAGAAUAUGUGGAUAAAUUCAUUCGGAGAGAAGUUCGUUCGAUGGAACAAGUUAAUCAUCACAACAUCAUCAAAUUCCUGCAAACCAUAGAAACUAAAUCAAGUUUUUGCGUGUUGAUGGAAAUGGCCAGUAAAGGUAGUUUACUAGAUAUCAUUACUGAAGAAAAAUCCUUAGACGAAGCAAAAGCUAAUCGCUGGUUCCAUCAUUUAGUUCAUGGAGUUAAAUAUCUUCAUAACAAGGGAAUAGUUCAUAGAGAUUUGAAAACAGAAAAUUUGCUAAUCGAUGGAUUUGAUAUCUUGAAAAUAUCAGAUUUUGGAUUUUCAAGAAGCUAUAUGCCAAUACUUAAUGAAGAAGACAAGAAUAAUAUGAAAGACAUAACACCAUUACUGUGCCAUUCUUUCUGUGGUAGUUAUGCUUAUGCUUCGCCGGAAAUUUUAAAUGGUACGCCAUACGACCCACGUCUAUCAGACAUUUGGAGCAUGGGAGUUGUUCUUUAUGUAAUGGUUUAUGGACAGCUUCCAUUCGAUGAUGAAAAUUUCAUAAAAUUACAAAAACAAGUUGAGAAAAAAGUCAAAUUUCCCUCCAAAUCAAAGAUAUCAAAUGGUUGCAAAGCCUUGAUAGAAGAUAUAUUGAAACCUUUCAAUACGAGAAUUUAUAUUCCAGAAAUUGAAAAAAGUAAGUGGUAUACAACAAAGUGGAACACUGUAUGGGAUUCCGAACUACAAGAAGCGUAUUUAAGACAUAAGCAAAAAUAUCACAGUGUUUUUCUUAAACAUUAUCAUGUUCCAGCAAUAACAAAUACAAUAGUACCAAAAUCAGAAAUAUUGGAGAAUAAAAAUAUAUCAGUUCCUAUCGGUUUUGAUAUACAUCUUCAUAUCGACAUCUCCGAAGAAAUCCAGAAAGAAAAUAAGACUAAAAGUAAAGCCGAUACCACUUUUGACAAAAGUAUUAAACCAAAAGUAGAUUCCUCAACGUGUCUUCCCACUAGAGGCGAUUCAAAAAUAUUAAAAACUGAUAAUUCAAUCACGUAUGAUGAUAGAUCAAUUGGAGGUGUGCCUAUCAAUAAGUUAGAUGAAGAUUUUUCGAAUAAUAAUUGGACCAAACACGCUUUAAAAGAUUCUCGUGGUUUACAGAGCGCAUUUAAAAAAAUUUACAAUAAAAAUGCUCUGAAGUCUAAGAAAAAUAUACAAAAACGUAAUAAAAAACAACAGGAUUCAUCUAAUUCAUAUUCUUCCGCAGUUCAAUAUGAAUUUAUUUCAAAUGCUUCUGAUAAUUCACAUUCUAACAAAGUUUCUCCGAAGUUUUCUCCAUCUUCUAACGCCUUCGAUAACUAUGAUUCAUGUGAUCCUUAUUUCUUCGUCGACGAGACAUAUUUUAAGGAAACUUACAAAGUGUUUGAAUACAAAGAAUUGCAAGAUAUGAAUGAAUAUUCUUGUGAAAAUUUUCAACCAUUUGACAUGCAUCAGCUUAUGAUAGCAAAUACAGAGAAAUCAGUAUCCACAAAUGACCAAGCUUCGGUUCCUAUGUCAUCGAAAGGUGUGUCUUUAUGUAAUCAUCAUGAUGUCACUCAGAAAAUUAAUGGAUUUACACAAGUGGAAGAAACACAAUUUAAAAAGACAAUGGAUGCGUCAAUGUUACAAAAAAUGAAAAAUUUCGUAGGUAAACGAAAUUCUCAAAAUGAAAUUGAGAAGAAUCCAUCCGGAUCAGUCAUACUUUGUCCAUAUUGUUUAAGAGAAAUCAUAUUAAAAUAUAAAUCGAGGAAAAGAAAUGGAUCUAAGUUAUUUGAAUAAAAACGAAAAUUAGGAAUCAAAUUAAAACAAAUUAUUAAAAUAUUUUAUUUAAAUAGUUAAUAAUAAG